AAGACAAGGGCAAUGUCUGUUACCCGGAAGCUAAAGCUGGCCGUGUGUAUUGGCCGGGGAUAAAACCAAACGCCUCCCGAGUUGUGUGUUACAAGCCCGAAGUGAGGUAGACCGCGAUCCUUAUUAUUCAUUUUCAUUCUAGCUUAGGCGCCGAAUCGAUGCUAGAAAACACAUCACCAAAGGCUGACCCCCAGGGCGGUACAGCUAGCCGGUUAGCUAUGCUUGCGGAACUAGCGACUGCAGUGGCUAAUGCUACAGAAUACCACAACACACUGUCGCCACAACGCCUUACACAUUCGACAACCCCGAGAAGUCUGCCGAAGGGCCCCGAGCCUUUACGGGCUGCGGGUUUAACACCGCUACCGCUGCCCCUGCCGCCGGCGCCCUCCACCCCUUACCCAUGGACCUGGAGAUGUCACGGGUGCGAUUCCGAGUAUCCCCUGGCCGUGACCCGGCGAUGCUUGUACUGUAGUCACCGCUUUUGUACAGCACCCCAAACGAACGCACGCAUAAAACGAGGGGUCCCCGGGGAGAGGGAUAGUUGUGAUGCCGAGUUUGAUUACUACGGCUGGGCUGCGUGGGGUGCAUAUCGUCGGUCUGUUGCUGCCAGUCGAAUACUGAGGAACGGCGUCAUUACCGCUGUGGACUCAAGUUGUGAACAAACGAAGGGGUCCCUGAAGCGGAAACGAGGCUGUGAUAUAGGGGCUACGGAUCAUGAUACCUUUGCCAAGUUCGAGCUAACCACGGACGACUACAGGCAGUACGAGAGUGAUACCCGGAGAUCCGUGUGGCGGCCGCUGUCGAGGCUCGCCCAGCAGGGGGCGCAUCGCCGCAAGGAGAAAAUGUACGUCUCUGGACAGUACAGCUGCUGGCUGCAUUGUGACUACCCUACCGAGUGCGUUCGCAGUCUCUACAGGGCCUGGGCUGAGGGUAGGGCUCGCUCUUCUGGGGGGGACCAUUCAUUCGACGGCCGGUCCGACGAAAAACAGGAAUCCAGUAGGAGGCAAAGGGGAAAAGCAAGUCGAGCCGAGGAAGGAGGAAGUAAUAAGAAGAGGAAGAAGGAUGUGGCACACCCCGAACCUUCUCACGGAACGAGAAGGGGCAGUAUGCUUCGGGAGAGCAUGGAAGGGGACAGGUAGAUCCGGGGAAAAAGAGAGAACAUCUGACCCCCAAAACUCGUAUUGACUAGCAGGAGGCCGAAACGAAUCUCGGGAGGC